GGGUGCCUUCUCAGUGGUCCGAAGGUGUGUGAAGAAAACAUCUACGCAGGAAUAUGCAGCAAAAAUCAUCAAUACCAAGAAGUUGUCAGCCCGAGAUCAUCAGAAACUAGAGCGAGAGGCCCGGAUAUGCCGACUUCUGAAACAUCCAAACAUUGUGCGUCUCCAUGACAGUAUUUCUGAAGAAGGGUUUCACUACCUCGUGUUUGACCUUGUUACUGGAGGGGAGUUGUUUGAAGACAUUGUGGCCAGAGAAUACUACAGUGAAGCUGAUGCCAGCCACUGUAUACAUCAGAUUCUGGAGAGUGUUAACCACAUCCACCAGCAUGACAUUGUCCACCGGGACCUAAAGCCUGAAAACUUGCUGCUGGCGAGUAAAUGCAAGGGUGCUGCGGUCAAGCUAGCUGAUUUUGGCCUCGCCAUCGAAGUGCAGGGAGAGCAGCAGGCUUGGUUUGGUUUUGCUGGCACCCCAGGUUAUUUGUCCCCUGAGGUCUUGAGGAAAGAUCCCUAUGGAAAACCUGUGGAUAUCUGGGCCUGCGGGGUCAUCCUGUAUAUCCUCCUGGUGGGCUACCCUCCCUUCUGGGAUGAGGAUCAGCACAAGCUAUAUCAGCAGAUCAAAGCUGGAGCCUACGAUUUCCCAUCACCAGAAUGGGACACGGUGACUCCUGAAGCUAAGAACUUGAUCAACCAGAUGUUGACCAUAAACCCAGCAAAGCGUAUCACAGCUGACCAGGCUCUCAAGCAUCCAUGGGUCUGUCAACGAUCCACAGUAGCAUCCAUGAUGCAUCGCCAAGAGACAGUGGAGUGCUUGCGCAAAUUCAAUGCCAGGAGAAAACUGAAGGGUGCCAUCCUCACGACCAUGCUCGUCUCCAGGAACUUUUCAGUUGGCAGGCAGAGCUCCGCCCCCGCCUCGCCUGCCGCGAGCGCCGCCGGCCUGGCCGGGCAAGCUGCCAAAAGCCUAUUGAACAAGAAGUCAGAUGGCGGUGUCAAGUCUUACAGUUGCCACCUCAGGCCUAGCACCUCUCGGCCAGACCAGGGGACAAGGGAGGUCUGGGAGUCAAAUCUGAGCAACGUUGGUGACUCUGGAGGAACUAAACCAUCUGUUUUCUUGUCUCAGCCACAGAGCAACAACAAAAACAGUCUCGUAAGCGCAGCCCAAGAGCCCGCGCCCUUGCAGACGGCCAUGGAACCACAAACCACCGUGGUACACAAUGCUACAGAUGGGAUCAAGGGCUCCACAGAGAGCUGUAACACCACUACAGAAGAUGAAGACCUCAAAGCUGCCCCGCUCCGCACUGGGAAUGGCAGCUUGGUGCCCGAAGGACGGAGCCCCCGGGACAGAACAGCCCCCUCUGCAGGCAUGCAGCCCCAGCCUUCUCUCUGCUCCUCAGCCAUGCGAAAACAGGAGAUCAUUAAGAUCACAGAACAACUGAUCGAAGCCAUCAACAAUGGGGACUUUGAGGCCUACACGAAGAUUUGUGACCCGGGCCUCACUUCCUUUGAGCCAGAAGCCCUUGGUAACCUCGUGGAGGGGAUGGAUUUCCAUAAGUUUUACUUUGAGAAUCUCCUGUCUAAGAACAGCAAGCCCAUCCAUACCACCAUCCUAAACCCGCACGUCCACGUGAUUGGGGAGGACGCAGCUUGCAUCGCCUAUAUCCGGCUCACCCAGUACAUCGAUGGGCAGGGUCGGCCUCGCACCAGCCAGUCAGAGGAGACCCGGGUGUGGCACCGCCGGGAUGGCAGGUGGCUCAAUGUCCACUAUCACUGCUCAGGGGCCCCUGCCGCACCGCUGCAGUGAGCUCAGCCACAGGGGCAUUAGGAGAUUCCAGCUGGAUGUUGAACCUUCACAGCCAGUGACUCUGGAGGGCCUGAGUGACAGCGGCAGUCCUGUUCGUUUGAGGUUUAAAACAAUUAAAUUACAAAGCGGCAGCAGCCAAUGGACACCCCUGCAUGCAGCCCGCCCGCCCGCCCUUCGUGUCUGUCUCUGCUGUACCGAGGUGUUUUUUACAUUUAAGAAAAAAAGGUUGUUUAAAAAAAAAAAAAAGGAAUUCGUACCGUGAUGAGUUUUAAAACAACUGAUAGCCCUUGGGCUUGCGAGAAGGCAGGAGUUUGUGUGACGCUCAUCCAGGCAUGAACAAUGGGCUCACCCACCAGCUUUGAAAGGGUGAGCUUGGCUUCAGGCCCCCAUGAACUCAGGGGGACCAGGCAAGGACUCUUGACAGAGCUUUGGGAGCCAUGGUGUGGUUGCAGCCCCAGAGUGGCCUGAUUACCCCAGGUCUAGAAGUGGACUUCUUCAGAACAUGCAUUGACACCUAGAAUGAUACGGAAGAAAAUGCCGUGGCUAUCAGACCUACUUGGGAGAAAAUGCAGCGCUCCCAGCCUGCUUGCUGUGGAGGCAGCUAAGAAGCAGUGGCCUCAGGACUGAAGGCCUGGACUUUGCUGUGCUGUUCCAGUUAAUGUAGACAGAAAGAGAAUUGGUGCUGCAGAAGUGUGUCCGCCAUGAAGCCGCUGAGAAACCUCGUGUUAGUCUGACAUGCACUCACUCAUCCAUCUCUUUAGGAUGCACAAUGCACGUGGGCCCUGAUACUGAGGCCUGAUUGCUGCAGAUGGGAAGGGGAAGGGGUUGCUACUCUGCUUCCUGUUGGCUUUCCUAACUUAGUAAGGAGAGAUCCAAACCUUGGCCCAGGCUCCUUUUGCCACUUUGGCAGUUCUGUUUCUGUGCUGAUCUGGACCAUCUUUGUCUUGUAUUUUCAUGGUGGUCCCCAUGCUGACCCUCAUCUGGGCGUGGGCCCUCUGCCAAGUGCCCCUGUGGGGUGGGAGGAGUGAGGCAGUGGGAUGAGAGCCGGUGGUGAUUUCUAUGCAUUCUGGCUGCCCUCUGGGCUGCCUCCCUUCUUCCCAUACUGCACGUCCAUCUCUUUCCCUGUGUUUGAGGUUGAACUGACUGCUUGGGUGAGGAGUGUCCUCCCUAAAGAGGCCUCUUUACUGACCACCUGAAAAGUAUAGACUUCCUGCUGGACAAUCUGCAUGGGCAUCACCCCCUCACCUGCAUGUACCCAAAAAAAGGGGUCCAGAGCCAAGGCUUCUACAUUCAUUGUCCCUCUGUGCUCAAGGAGUUCCAUUCCAGGAAGAAAAGAUCUGUACCCUAAGCAGAUAACACAAGAUAAUGGAGGAGCAAUUGGCUUGGUCUUGUUCCCCCACCCCCACCCCAUCAAACAACUGCAUAGUAUCUGCAUGUGUGGGGGGAUAGGUUUCAGCUCCCUGGAUGACCUUCAGGAAGCUGGGAAAAAGAACUACAGGCUUUGGAACCAGCUGAGAAGAGAACAAGCUCAUGGGUGCUGGUGCUUGAAUUUAGCCAGGCUCCUCAAGCACCUUCUGCAUGCCUCAGACCCUGGACCCUAGCCCCUUUCUGCCCUGCAGCCUGCAGUGCCAGCCUACAGAUCCCUUCACCACAGGGUUUGGUUUUGCUGGCUUGAAGACAACAAAUGGUCUUAGAGCUCAUUGAGACCCAUAGCUUCAUAUGGCUGCUCCAGCCCCACUUCUUAGCGUUCUUACUCCACUUCUGGGGCUAAUGUCAGCAUCUAUAGACUAUUAAUAGACUAUUUAAAAAAAGAAAACAAACAAACCACCUUUUAAACAGGAAAUGGAAGGCAUUUGAUGCAGAACUUUUGCAUGAUGACUUAGAAAUAAUUUAAAAAUUAGUGUUUGUUCUGAAUGUUGGUAGUCCCUUCCUAGCUUUGUUACAAUGGAACCUUGAAGAUAUUUAAUAAAAUAACCUUUAAACAGUC